UGGCGGACCCGCACUCACUCGCCUCGGCGUCGAUGCCGGUCGUGUAUGCGUUUGGCUCCAACGGGUCCGGGCAGUUAGGGAUCGGCCACGCGGAAGACGUGUCGCAGCCCGAGAGGUGCCUGUUCCACACUCGCACUCGCGCGAGGUCAGAUGUGUCCAACGGCGGUCGAAACCCCGACAGCAGCAGUCGCUCGGCUCGACAAAGCACUCCGGGACAAGGGUGUGAUGUCAAGAAGAUUGUCGCCGGAGGGAACCAUACCCUCCUCCUCACGACGGAUGGACGUCUCUUCGUUGCCGGAAAGACCGGCAUGGCCUACGACGACCUGGCUGGAGAGAUCGAGUCUAAAUCCAGUGUGGUGUUUGAAGAGAUCACCCAUCGUGUUUCCACGGUGGCGAUCUCGGAAAGGAACAUCGGAGUGGACAGGGUCGUAACCGACAUUGCGGCGUCAUGGGAAGCUUCCUUCGCGGUCGUAGAUUCUAAGAUCAUCGUCGGAUGGGGAAUCGGUAUCAAAGGCGAACUCGGCCUAGGGCCUAAUAUCACUUCUACGGGUGGGCAAGUCAAGAAGAUAUUUGAGGUUGACUCAGCUUCCAGUAGUGGCGAAAUUGUCGAGAUCGUUGACAUUGUGGGCUCUAUGGCGCAUGUUGUUGUCUUUCUCUCGGAUGGAAGGGUCUACGGGUGGGGAACUUGUCGCAAAGGCCAGCUUGGAGAACAGCUCAAGACGGAGAAAAUCCUGUGGUGUCCCAGAAACAUUGGUUCAGGGGUCGACGGAGAGGAGUUACUGCCUUGGGUACCGGAGAGAGCGGUGCUCGGUAGAGAGUAUACCGUCUUCGUCAAGACGGGGUGGAAGCCAGCCAUCUGGGGAGAUGCAAGGUUUUUCGACAAGAACGACUUUCAGUUGAUCGUGGAAGAAGACGACGUGGUCGCUUCUGGUUGGAGUUCGAUUCACAUCCUGUCGCGAACACGGUCUGAACAGUCGUUGCAGGGUGCAGGCAGAAAUGACCACGGCCAGCUUCCUCCAGCUAGCCUCCCACCUGUGAGAACUGUGGCGGCGGGGAGUGAACACUGUGUCGCCCUGACCAGGGACAACCAAGUCAUUGCUUGGGGCUGGGGCGAACAUGGCAACUGCGGUGAGACGCUGGAUCAGAGAGGAAAUGUGGUCGACCGAUACAACCUGAUUUCUUUGCCAACACUUGGUCAGGAAAUUGUUACGAAGAACGUGGCGGCUGGUUGUGCCACGAGUUUCGUAGUUUGCGGGAUGAAAGGCGGGUGAGUCUCAACAGGCGCUUUCGGUCAGUCGAAAAUCCCCUUCACCUGCGACAGUCGCUGCGUCGGAGCAAUCUCAACUGGAAACCGUGACCUUGUCAGAUUCGACGUCCGAUCGUGCUGC